AUGAUGAACAGCAGCAGCAGGAGCAGGAGAAGUGGGACUGAGGCCUCCCAUGCAGAUGCUGGGCCCGGCAGCCCGGCCCCACUCAACAUGAACCACUACGCUAAUAAGAAGAGUGCGGCUGAGAGCAUGCUGGAUGUGGCUCUGCUGAUGGCAAACGCCUCCCAGCUGAAGGCCGUGCUGGAGCAGGGGCCGCGUCUUUCCUUCUUCACCCCCAUCGUCACCCUAAUCAGCAUCUCCCUCUGCCUGCAGGUCACAGUCGGGGUCCUGCUUAUCUUCAUAGUUCGAUGGAAUCUGAAUGAUGAAGGAAAGCAUUGGAGGCUGGACACGAUGGAAAACGUGGCCACGAGCCUGGUUUUUAUCAUCGUGGUGGUCAACAUCUUCAUCGCCGCCUUUGGAGUCAACCGGCCGAACAGCAAAGACUGACCCAAGGACUCGCACGCAGGUGCUUCAGCAGGUCUGCUAACCGAACCUUGGUGGGUACGCUCAGGUUCCUGAACUGCAGAGAAACACAUGCUGAAUCAAGUCACUGCUCAUGUUUCUGUUCCAAGUCAAAACUAUAUGUAGAUACCUCCACCAAGGCCCUGAAAUCAGCACCAAUUAAAUCAACGAUAUCAGUCACCUUAAAUACCUGAUUUAUUAGUUUUUCAUCAAGAUCCAUGAGUGAAUCUCUGGGGAAAUGGUGAAAAUGUGAGUAACUGCUAAGAGAUACAAAUUCCUGGAUUCUCCCCAACCAAUUCCAGUGUAAGGACAUGCUGACUUUGAAAACAUUGAAUAUGUGUACCGACCCUGCGGGCUUCUUUGUCACUGAGUAUCUGGGGGUAGAUUCUGUUCAGCUGCAGCACGAGUGUGUCAACAAGUUCAGUGUCCAUCCUCAGAUCUGAGCACAGGAACUGGGCAUCUCUCUGAAGCUGCUCAAGGUAGAAGUCCCUGUCUGGUCAAGGAAGAUUUAAAUGACAACGUUUAAUAAAGAGAGACAAGCAG